UCAUUACUCUUCAAGUUUUGAGAAAUUCAUUUCACUUUCGAUCGCCGGUAGUUUCCACUUUCGUUAUUGAUCGACUGUAAUUCUUGCCAUUGCCGUCUUAUUGGAAACUCAAGCCAACUAACUCAUCUUCACUCUUUAAAGCGCCUAAAUCUCUUUAUCGAAAUGGCGACCGAAACCUUAAUCCCACUUGAGUCUAAUCCUGAAGUAAUGAACAAGUUUCUUCAGAAGUUAGGCGUUCCUAGCAAGUGGAAUAUUGUAGAUGUGAUGGGCUUAGAACCUGAAAUGCUAUCUUGGGUCCCACGCCCUGUUCUUUCUGUCAUGUUGCUGUUUCCCGUAUCUGAUGCCUAUGAAGAACAUAAGCAGAAGGAAGAAAACGAAAUUCUCUCCAAGGGUCAAGAAGUGACUAACAAUAUUUUUUACAUGAAACAAAACAUCAGCAAUGCUUGUGGCACUGUUGCUCUGGUGCACAGUGUUGCCAACAAUACUGAUAAGAUUAACUUGACUGAUGGUCACUUAAAGAAGUUCUUAGAUGAAGCUAAGCCUCUGGAUGCUGCCGCUCGUGGCACUCUGCUGGAGAAGUCAGAGGGUAUCAUCAAUGCUCAUAAGGAGCUGGCUCAGGAGGGCCAAACUAAUACUCCCAGUGCUGAGGAUCCUGUGAAUCAUCAUUUUAUUACUUUUGUCCAUUUGGAUGGCGCUCUGUAUGAAUUGGAUGGGCGUAAGGCAUUCCCUAUCAACCAUGGCCCCACUACUCCUGAUACUCUGUUGGAAGAUGCGGCAAAAGUUUGUAAGCAGUUUAUUGCUCGUGAUCCGAAUGAAGUUCGCUUCACUGUAAUCGCUUUGACUGAGGCAAAUUGAAUUUUUUAAUAUUUUGUAUGAUGCCAAGCAGUCAUUAAACAUGUGUGCUUUGAAUAAUAUGCUUAAGUAUUUUAAUAAUUUCAUACCAAAUUUUGUAAAGCAUUGCAAGCUUAUGUGAUAUUCUUACACAAGUGAUUAGAAAUAAAUUAUUUAUUUUCCA